UGAAUGGCCAUCUGUCAGGAGGGCUUGGAUUGUGUCCUCCUGCAAAGCAGAAUGGGAUUGGACUGGAUGGCCCUUGAGGUCUUUUCCACCCCUCUUUAUUAUUUUUAUUAUGAUUAUUAUUAAUAUUAAGACUGUAUUUGUUCCCGUUUUGUUUUAUACUUCAAAAUAAGAUAGGUGCAGUGUGCAUGGGCAUUUGUUCAUAGUUUAAAAAAAAAAACUAUAGUCUGGCUCCAAUGGUCUGGUCCCUGUUUAAAAAGUUUGGGGACCCCUGGUCUAAAGUAACUAUAGCCCAUGUGUGUUAGGAAAACAAGGACAGUACUGCCAGUGAUAUCAGAAAGGGAGUUUAGCCCUUUAAGACCCCAGGAUUGUUACCAGCUGUGCUGAUCCCACGAGAACCAGAACAUCUGUGCAAGAGACAAAGGACAAGUUGGUUCUUUUUCCCUCCUAAAAUUCAGGAGACCUUUUCUGAGGAAGCAAACAAAAGAGUACCAACUAAAGCUUAGUAAGUGUGGAAAUUAAUGUGCAAAGAGUAAUGUUGACUCAAGGACUUAUAGAAGAAAAACUGCUUGCACCUUCCAAAUGAGUGGUUUCUUGGUUAUUGAGGGCAACUUGGACAUGAGGAACCAGACCUCAGAAAUGUUCAGAGCAAACUUUUGCACAAAAACCUAGUGUUUGUGGAAGCCAGAAGAGAGCUGUGAGACACCAUGGCAGCCUUAUUGAGAACAGGAAUGUCCUGAGAAAUAGCCUCACAAGAUGCAAGGAUGGAGCCUUACAAGAUGCAACUGGAAGCACAGGAAUUCAGGCAGGAAAAGCACAAUCAAAACACCCCUGACAGACGGCCAUUCAGUUUCUGUUUUAAAGUCUCCAAGGAAGGAGCUUCCACCGGACUCCGAAACAAUGUCCGCCUGUGUGUGUUUUACGACUUCCAAGCUGGCAGUGAGGUUUUGCUGGACUCCUUUGAUGAGGUCAGGCCAAGCGUUUCAUGGAACGUGUUAACAAUCCUGCGAAGUGCAUGGUGUCCAAGAAGGAGCGAGUGAUGUCAUGCCCAGACCACCACAGAGCUCCAUGAGGAUUUAUAGAAGAUGCCCCGCAUCUUGGCGCCUCUGGUGCUCCUUUUGCUGUGGCUGAUGAAGAUCACCGCCAGUCCCCACUCUCUGAGAAUUGCUGCCAUAUUGGAUGACCCAAUGGAGUGUAGUAGAGGCGAAAGGCUGUCCAUCACGUUGGCCAAAAACCGGAUCAAUCGGGCUCCAGAGCGGAUGGGAAAGGCCAGAGUGGAGGUGGACAUCUUUGAGCUUUUGAGAGACAGCGAAUAUGAGACAGCCGAGACCAUGUGCCAAAUCCUUCCCAAAGGAGUGGUGGCUGUCCUGGGACCGUCUUCAAGUCCAGCUUCCAGCUCUAUCAUCAGCAAUAUUUGUGGGGAGAAAGAGGUCCCUCAUUUCAAGGUUGCCCCAGAAGAAUUCCUCAAGCUGCAGCUCCAGAGAUUCACAACCUUGAACCUCCAUCCCAGCAACACGGACAUCAGCGUGGCCGUGGCCGGGAUCCUGAAUUUCUUCAACUGCACCACUGCCUGCCUCAUCUGUGCCAAAGCUGAAUGCCUUCUAAACCUGGAGAGAUUGCUCCGUCAGUUCCUUAUCUCUAAGGAAACCCUCUCGGUCCGGAUGUUGGAUGACAGCCGGGACCCGACACCGUUGUUAAAGGAGAUCAGGGAUGAUAAGACGGCCACCAUUAUCGUCCACGCCAACGCUUCAAUGUCCCACAUCAUCCUCAACAAGGCAGCCGAACUGGGAAUGGUGUCCGCCUAUUACACAUAUAUCUUCACUAAUCUGGAGUUUUCCCUUCAACGACUGGACAGCCUUCUGGAUGACCGGGUGAACAUCAUGGCGUUUUCUAUUUUCAACCAGUCCCAUGCUUUCUUCCAAGAGUUUGCGGAGAGCCUCAACCAGUCCUGGCUGGAGAACUGUGACCACAUCCCUUUCACUGGACCCGCCUUGUCUUCUGCCUUGUUGUUUGAUGCUGUCUAUGCUGUGGUGAAUGCGGUGCAAGAACUCAACCGGAGCCAGGAAAUCGGCGUGAAACCCUUGUCCUGUGGGUCCGCCCAAAUCUGGCAGCAUGGCACCAGCUUGAUGAACUAUCUAAGAAUGGUAGAAUUGGAAGGUCUCACCGGCCACAUAGAGUUCAACAGCAAAGGCCAGCGGUCCAACUAUGCCCUGAAAAUCCUGCAGUAUACGAGGAACGGCUUCCGACAGAUCGGUCACUGGCAUGUUACCAAAGGCCUUACCAUGGACAACCAGGUCUUCUCCUCCAACGUCACGGAGAGCCUCUUCAACACCACACUCAUUGUCACCACUAUCCUGGAAAACCCCUACUUAAUGCUGAAGGGCAACCAUCCGGAGCUGGAAGGGAAUGACCGCUACGAAGGCUUCUGCGUAGACAUGCUGAAGGAGCUGGCGGAGAUCCUGCAUUUCAACUACAAGAUCCGCCUGGUUGGCGACGGAGUGUACGGAGUCCCCGAGGCCAACGGGACCUGGACCGGGAUGGUGGGAGAGCUGAUCGCUCGGAAAGCUGAUUUGGCAGUAGCUGGAUUGACGAUUACCGCCGAGCGGGAGAAAGUGAUCGAUUUCUCCAAGCCGUUCAUGACUCUGGGGAUUAGCAUCCUCUACCGAGUUCACAUGGGCCGCAAGCCUGGCUACUUCUCUUUCCUGGAUCCUUUUUCUCCUGGCGUCUGGCUCUUCAUGUUACUUGCCUACCUCGCUGUGAGCUGUGUCCUCUUCUUGGUGGCCCGACUGACACCCUACGAGUGGUACAGCCCACACCCCUGCUCCCAAGGGAGGUGCAACCUGCUAGUAAAUCAGUACUCUCUUGGGAACAGCUUGUGGUUCCCUGUGGGUGGAUUCAUGCAGCAAGGGUCCACCAUUGCUCCUCGGGCUCUCUCCACACGCUGCGUCAGCGGAGUCUGGUGGGCCUUCACCUUGAUCAUCAUCUCAUCCUACACGGCCAACCUGGCAGCCUUUCUCACCGUACAGCGCAUGGAUGUGCCCAUUGAAUCAGUCGAUGACCUUGCUGACCAGACGGCUAUUGAAUAUGGCACAAUCCAUGGCGGUUCCAGCAUGACCUUCUUCCAGAAUUCCCGGUACCAGACGUACCAGCGAAUGUGGAAUUACAUGUAUUCAAAGCAGCCUAGCGUCUUUGUCAAGAGCACAGAGGAAGGGAUUGCACGGGUGCUCAACUCCAACUAUGCCUUCCUGCUGGAGUCGACCAUGAACGAGUAUUACCGCCAGCGCAAUUGCAACCUCACGCAGGUCGGGGGCCUUCUGGACACCAAGGGCUACGGGAUUGGCAUGCCAGUCGGUUCGCUUUUUCGGGAUGAGUUUGACUUGGCCAUUCUUCAGCUGCAGGAGAACAACCGCCUGGAAAUCUUGAAGCGAAAGUGGUGGGAGGGAGGGCAGUGCCCCAAAGAAGAGGACCACCGAGCGAAAGGCCUGGGAAUGGAAAAUAUAGGUGGAAUCUUUGUGGUUCUGAUAUGUGGUUUAAUCGUAGCGAUUUUUAUGGCAAUGCUGGAGUUUUUAUGGAACCUCCGACACUCUGAACACUCCGAGGUGUCUGUGUGCCAGGAGAUGGUGACAGAGUUGCGUAGCAUCAUUCUCUGCAAGGACAGUUUCCAACCCCGUCGGAGGCGAGGGGGGAUUAUACGGACUCGCCCCAUUAUACAGGAAGAACGGAGAGCCCGCACCACCACCACACUCAGCAAUGGCAAACUCUGCGGUGGAGGAGACCCCGAUCAGCUUGCACAGAGACUUGCACAAGAAGCCGCCCUGGUUGCUCGUGGCUGCACGCACAUCCGAGUAUGUCCGGAAUGCCGGAGGUUCCAAGGUCUCCGGCUUCGGGCAGGACCAGAUUCUCCCAUGCAAAGUGAUGAGAGCUUGGAAUGGGAGAAGGUUACAAACAGCAGUGAACCGGAGUAACGCAGUGGGGAUGUGGAGAAAAAGAAGCCAAUGUUCCAUUUUACAGAACAUGAGACUUGUACACAGUGUUGAACUAUUUUUAAAUUAAUAAAGCAGCUUCCCAGCUUUUCAAGAGCAAAUCAAAGCUUAAGGCUGGGGGCUGAGCCCAAUGGGAA